GGUGGGCGGGCGCUUCGGGGCGCCGGAGUGUGGUACCUGGCGGAGCGCGGCUCUCCUCAGUGAGUCAAGGCUGCCUGGCCCGGGAGGAGGAGCAGCGCCCGCGCGUGUGAUUUUUUUUGCCCCACCAUCACCCCUUCCAGCCGACCUCAGCAGCAGCAGCAGCAGGAGCCUCCAGCUCCCCUGCAGGGACUUGCCUCCCGGAGAAAGUUUGCUUUUAUUUUAUCCCCCCCCCCCCCGCUUUUCUUAACCCCCCCUCCCCACCCCUCCCAGGGCAGCGGGCUCCGGCCCCUGCCAACGCCGCAGCUGGCCCGCGCCGGGGGCUUCGGGGCGGGCUGGCGAGCCGCGCGCGUCCCACCACGGGGCUGGGCAGCGGGGGCCGCCCUGCGCGCCGCCAGCGGCUCCCGGCCCUGAGUCCCCGCGGGCUGUGUGAGCGGGGCAGCGGCGGGGCGCGUUUGCUGCCUGUGGGGGCGGGAAGCCGCCCCCCCCCCCCACCCCGGGCGCACACCGGUUGCACCUGAGCUGCCCUGUCCUCCCGCCCCCUCGCCUCUCCCCCUCCCCGCUUUACCACCGCAGCCCUUCCUCGGGGUCUGCCUGCGCGGCCGGGGGAGGGGGCAGAGAGUGACCAUGCGAGAGCGAGGGAAGGUUUAACCCCCUCGCCUCCCCCCCCCUCCCCCACUCAUGAAUUAACUCCCGAGGGGGGGAGCAGCAGAGCCCGGGGACAGAAGGAGCCGGGCAUCCCUCGUCUGCCUCAGAGGCGAGCCCGCCGCAGCCGCAGCCGCAGCCGCAGCCGCAGCAGCACCCGGCUGGGAGCGAUGCCUCUGGGGCUCGCCUGGCUUUGGUGGGGGGGGCUGCUGUGCAGCUGCCGCUGCUCCCCGCCGCCGCCCGUGCUGCCCCUGCUGCCCGCCGGGGGGGCGCUGCUGGCGGACAGCAGCCGGGAGCAGCCUCCAGCCGCCUCCUCGCCGGGAUUCCUCUACCGGCGCCUCAAGUCGCACGAGAAGCGGGAGAUGCAGAAGGAGAUCCUGUCCGUGCUGGGGCUGCCGCACCGGCCCCGGCCGCUGCACGGGCUGCAGCCGCGGCCGGCUCCUCCCCAGCAGCAGCAGCAGCAGCAGCAGCUGCUGCCCCCGCCGGGCAGGCUCAACUCGGCUCCUCUCUUCAUGCUGGAUCUGUACAAUGCCCUGUCCAGCGAGGAGGAGCCGGGGCCGGGGCCGGGGCCGGGGCCGGGGGCAGAGCGCCGCCGCCUGCCGCCCCCCACCGCUCACACCCUGCAGCGCAAGACCCUCAUCCCCCAGCCGGGACCCAGCGGCGGCUCCCCCUCGGCCAGCUCGCAGGACAGCGCCUUCCUCAACGAUGCGGACAUGGUCAUGAGCUUUGUGAACCUGGUUGAAUAUGACAAGGAGUUCACGCCUCACCAGCGACACCACAAAGAGUUCAAGUUUAACUUGUCGCAGAUCCCAGAGGGGGAGGCGGUUACUGCUGCGGAAUUCCGAAUCUACAAGGACUGUGUCAUGGGAAGUUUUAAAAAUCAAACCUUUCUUAUCAGCAUCUAUCAAGUCCUGCAAGAACAUCAGAACAGAGAUUCUGAUCUGUUUUUGCUGGAUACCAGAGCAGUGUGGGCCUCAGAAGAAGGCUGGCUGGAGUUUGAUAUCACUGCCACCAGUAACAUGUGGGUGAUGAACCCUCAGCAUAACAUGGGACUCCAGCUGAGUGUGGUGACCAGGGAUGGUCUCAAUGUAAACCCUAGAGCAGCAGGCCUGAUAGGUCGAAAUGGCCCUUCUGACAAGCAGCCUUUCAUGGUGGCCUUUUUCAAAGUGAGUGAGGUUCAUGUUCGGACCACUAGGUCAGCCACAAGCAGGCGCAGGCAGCAGAAUCGAAACCGCUCCACUCAGUCUCAAGAUGUUUCCAGGGUGUCUAGUAUUACAGAUUACAACAGCAGUGACCUAAAAACAGCUUGCCGAAAGCAUGAACUUUUCGUUAGCUUCCAAGAUUUGGGAUGGCAGGAUUGGAUAAUUGCACCAAAAGGCUAUGCAGCAAACUACUGUGAUGGAGAAUGCUCUUUCCCACUCAAUGCACACAUGAAUGCCACCAAUCAUGCCAUUGUACAAACUUUGGUUCAUCUUAUGAAUCCUGAAUACGUUCCCAAACCCUGUUGUGCACCUACCAAACUAAAUGCCAUAUCAGUUCUUUACUUUGAUGAUAACUCCAACGUCAUUUUGAAAAAAUAUAGGAAUAUGGUAGUAAGAGCGUGUGGGUGUCACUGACACACAAACAUUCUUCACCCAGACCUACUGUGCAAUUCUACCAUGAACUUCUAGAUUAUACCUACCUGACCUUGGAGAAAGUCAACAAAUGCUCUUGAGACGAAGCAGACUUCCAAAACACAAUGUGUGCGCCUUAUGAGAGGAAGCAACAGGAUACUUCUUCAUUGACAUGCACUCACUUUGUAAUGGGAACAGGUGCUGGAUUUUUUUUUUUUAAAAAAAAGAUGUACAGCAUGGCAGUCUUUCUGAUCUGCAAAAACAAACUGCAAGGCUUGCAAAAAAGAAAUCUGUCCUGACAAAUUUUGUUAGCGUCAGUCAUUCUCUGUAUGGUAUUGAAGUCCCCUGAGAGUAGCAGAAACUUAAAACAGGAGCUUGACCUUGUCAGUUGGUCAGUCUGCACUUCAGUUUUACCAAACCAGUAUUUGCUACAUGUAAGCCUUAAAAAAGUGUCUCCUGUAGACAAAAAGCAAAGCUGUAGUAGUAAAAUAUGGAAAUUGAGGGUUUUAAUACCUUACUAUCAUGCAUUUUAUGUUGGACAACCCCAAGGUUAGGAAGUGCCUUCUAUUUAAAGAAUAUAGUUGCUACGUCAAUAUGAGUGGUUUCUUCCAGAGGCCAACUUGAUAAAGAGCAUCUUCAGUUGUGCCAAAGCAAGCCUUUGAGCCUCUGCAUUCUCCAAACACAUAUGCUGAACCAUAGACUUGACUAGAUAUUUAACUGCACCAUGUAUUAGUUCCAUAAGGACAAAGCCACUCCCUACCUGGUUUUUUUAGGUGAAUGUUCCAACUAGGCAGUGAAUUUCUAAAUUUGUUCUUGUGCAGCUUCCCACCUUUUUUAGAUUCUAUAACUUCCGCAAGAUGCAUUAACUAAGCCUGUU